AUGCCUUCUCGAACCAACGGCGUCGGCGUCCAGGCCGAAGAUACCAGGAUCUGUGUGGUCAUGGUCGGUCUCCCAGCCAGAGGCAAGAGUUAUAUCGCCCAACGAGCCCAGCGAUAUCUUCAAUGGCUCUCUAUCCCAGCUCAAACAUUCAAUGUCGGUAACUACCGCCGCAAUGACGCUCCCCAGCCCACGGCCGACUUUUUCGACAUCAAUAACCCUGAAGGAGAGCGCACCCGCCGCGCCGCCGCCGAAGCUGCUGUUGCGGAUAUGCUAGCCUGGUUCCGCUCUGGCGGUAUUGUCGGCAUACUCGAUGCUACCAACUCGACUUUGGAGCGUCGCAAGUGGGUUUUGGAGGUUUGCAACGAAAAUGGAAUUGAGGUUCUCUUCGUUGAGAGCAAGUGCGACGAUGAGGAGCUCAUCAUGGCCAACAUUCGCGAUGUCAAGACUACCAGCCCAGACUAUCGCGGCCAGGACCCUGAGACUGCCGCCCUUGAUUUCCGCAACCGUAUUCGCAAUUACGAGAAGGUGUACUGCACCAUUGACGCCGAGGGCAAGGAGUCGCAUUUGACUUACCUCAAGAUCAUGGAUGUUGGCAAGCAAGUCAUCAUUAGCCGAAUCCGGGAUUACCUUCAAAGCCGAAUCGUCUACUACCUCAUGAACCUCCACAUCCGGCCUCGCUCUGUCUGGCUGUCAAGGCACGGCGAAUCAUUGUACAACAUUGAUGGCAGAAUUGGUGGUGAUACUCUUCUUUCUCCCCGUGGCGAGCAAUACGCCAGAAAGCUACCCGAGCUUGUCCGAAAAUCAGUCGGUGAUGAUCGCCCACUUACAGUAUGGACGUCGACCUUGCGACGAACUAUUGCCACAUCUCGCUUCCUUCCUGACCACUACAAUCAACUCCAGUGGAAGGCACUUGAUGAACUCGACUCCGGUGUAUGUGACGGCUUGACCUACCAGGAAAUCAAGGACCGAUAUCCUGAGGACUUUGCCGCACGUGACGAAGACAAGUACAACUACCGCUACCGUGGCGGAGAGUCAUAUCGCGACGUUGUCAUCCGUCUCGAGCCUAUCAUCAUGGAGCUUGAGCGCAGCGAGGACAUCCUUAUUGUCACUCACCAGGCCGUGCUUCGAUGUAUCUAUGCAUACUUCAUGAAGAAGGAUCAGUCCAAGAGCCCUUGGAUGAAUGUCCCUCUCCACACACUGAUCAAACUCACACCUGGCGCCUAUGGUACCGAGGAAGUCCGCUACGAGGCUAACAUCCCUGCCGUCAGCACAUGGAGAGGUAAGGGCAGUACCGCUAAGCACGAGAACCCGGCUCCUGGCGUCAUGUAA